UAACUUCCGGUAGGCCGGGUUGCUGUUUUCUUCCACAGCUCAAAAUUCAGUGUUGCUGUCAUGGAUUUACAGACAUACGAGGCUUAUGGAAUUACCAUUUUCUAAAUUUUAAAAACACCACCCCUGUCUCGACGGAUAGUGGCGGGGAUGCGGCAUCGACAUGGGAAAUCUUUUCGGGAAAAAGAAAGCAACUCGGGUGACCGAGCAGGACAGAGCUGUGCUGCAACUGAAGCAGCAAAGAGAUAAACUGAAGCAAUAUCAGAAGAAGAUCACUUUUCAUGUAGAAAAAGAGCGACAACUGGCCAAACAGUUAUUGAAAGAUGGAAAAAAAGAGAAAGCACUCCUACUUCUCAAGAAGAAACGCUACCAGGACCAGUUACUGAACAAAACUGAAAAUCAGAUAAGCAACCUGGAGCGGAUGGUACAAGAUAUUGAAUUUGCACAAAUAGAGAUAAAAGUCAUUGAAGGACUGAAAGUUGGCAAUGAUUGCCUGAAGAAAAUGCAUGAGAUGCUGUCCAUAGAGGAUGUGGAGAAGAUCAUGGAUGAAACAAGUGAUGCCAUUGAGUAUCAGAAGCAAAUUGAUGAUAUGCUGGUGGGAUCUCUGACCCAGGAGGAUGAGGAGGCUGUGCUAGCAGAGCUGGAGGCCAUCACUCAGGGAGAUGCUGACCUUGAACUUCCUGAGGUGCCUGAAGAAGAACUACCAGAGGUUCCAGAGCAAGAGCCAGUGCGGGAGAAGGAGAGGGCGAAAAAGAAACCAGAGCGAGAAAUGGUGGCAGUGUAAAUAAAGAUCUGUACAUCCGUACCUCCAUGUCUUCUCUCGAGUCAUCCCACUGGAGACCCCGAGGGCUCAUCCUAAACAAAGCUCUGAGGAGUGAUUAACAGUCCUCCUCCUCGUACAUGUUGAAUACCCUUCAUCAAUGCCAUUUUUUAAAAUUGUAUAUACAGACAGCAUACUGUACACCAUUUAGUUUAGUAAGAUGAUCAUUCUGAAGAUCACUCUUAACAGUGCCUGGUAUUUCUAAUCACCCCUUCAGUUUUGUCUGAUCUUUCAAGUAUAUAUCAAAGGCAUAUCAUGUCUAAGCUUGUCACUUUUCUAAUGCAUGAUUACUUUUAUUAUAACAAUCUCUGUUAAAAAUUAUUCUCAAACUUUAGUACGCCAUGUUUUGUCACAAAUAACAUAAACCUGAAACGUUUCCAUUAUGAACAUAAACUUUUACAAAAUUUUCACUGUGCUGUAAGAUGUCAUUAAAAACUAAACUAUGACAAGCCUGGCUUAAGAAGUAGUUAAAACUGAUUUAUAGAUUGGUAAAUAAACAUCCUUGAAGGAAAAUGCAGGUAUACUACAACAGAAAUGUCAUUUUAAAGUCAAAACCACUUCUGUUCAGAGUCAUUGCAUUAUGCUGUACACACAGUGUUUUGUUUGUAUGCAUAAGAUACAAGGAUAUGAUGUAUAGAAGCAUAAAUAAUCACAUUAUCCUUUUUGUUUUUGACUAACACACUGAUUUAUUUAAACAAAUUAGCCCUCUUUUACUGUACUGUGAAUUUGCUGUUCAUUAAGUACAUUAGUUUAUAGUCUGUCUCCCUCGUUUCUUUUUGUAAAUAUGCAACAAUGGAUUUUUUGUAAUAAUUUUUCAUUACUGUUGUGCCUAACUCCCUGCACGUAUAUGUAGCAGCCACUAGGCAGCAGUAUUAUACAAGGCUGUGCUUUUGCAGGCAAUUAUCAUGCAUUUACUUAAAUGGUCUUAGAUAUAUCACAUCUUAGUUAUAGAAACAAAAGUACACAAAUUAGAUUUUCUUUCUUUAUUAAUGUUUAUUAUAUUCUCAUAUAAACUACCUUUCAAAAUGUG